ACAUCCCUACAGAAAAUAACUGAAGGAAAAUCCUCUUUUGUUUUUGUUUUUUUCCAUCUUUCCAAUACCAUUUUUUCCUGAGUUUAUUUUCUAUGCUCUCCUCUUCCACGCAGAGGGUCCCUUACCUUCUCUAUAUCUUGCUCGAUUGUCCCAUGAGCAGACGACACAGGCGGCGAGCAGCAAUUCAUCUUUGGUGAUCUGCAUCUUCAUGUCUCGUAGGUCGAAUACUUGAAACCUUAUCGGCGUCUCUCGUUAUUCACAAAUCUCCAUACAUCUGUGCUUCUCGUCGUCGUUGCUUCACCGGCCACCAUCACUGCAUCUUCUUUAUGAAAUGGGGUAACAACGUGCACGUGGCGGCGGUGGUAGGUGGGGACUGGGGAGGGCAGCCUGGCUGUUUUAUAACGCUAAUAUGGAAUGGAAUUCAAGGUUUCUUAUCACUCACGACUCUGCAACUCCGAGCAUAAGGCCUCCAAAUUAUGGCUUACACAAAUGCGGUAGAUUCUUUCUGAUCCUCCAAAAUCGAUUUCUCUCUUGUCUGCAGUAAGCCCUUGCGACUUCAGCCACCAUGACAGAUAAUCAAGAACCAAUUCUGAAUAAGGAUGAAAAUACUACUGCAGAAUCAACAUUCCUUAAACUCGCACGCUGGCAGUGGUGGCUUUUGGUGGCAAUCAACAUUUUGUUCCUCAUUGCAGGCCAGUCUGCUGCUGUUCUUCUUGGGAGAUUUUAUUAUGAUGGAGGUGGAAAUAGCAAAUGGAUGGCAACCCUUGUUCAAACUGCUGCUUUCCCAAUCCUUUACAUCCCUCUCUUUCUACUUCCUUCCUCUCAAGAACCUUCAACUUCUUCCGCCUCACCUUCCAUUAGAAUUCUUGCCUUGAUAUACUUCCUUCUUGGAGUACUUAUAGCUGGCGAUAACAUGUUAUAUUCUACUGGGCUUUUGUACCUCUCUGCCUCUACUUAUUCUCUCAUUUGUGCAUCCCAACUAGCUUUCAAUGCCAUUUUCUCAUACUUCAUCAAUUCUCAAAAGUUCACUUCUUUAAUUCUCAACUCUGUGAUUGUGCUAUCAUUUUCUGCAGCCCUUAUUGCAGUCAAUGAUGAUUCAGAUGGUCCAUCAGGAGUGUCUAAGUGGAAGUAUAUCAUUGGCUUCCUUUGUACUCUUGGUGCUUCAGCAGUAUACUCUCUUCUGCUUUCUCUCAUGCAGCUGUCCUUUCAAAAGAUCAUAAAAAAGGACACUUUUUCUGUGGUGUUGGAAAUGCAGAUUUACACUUCACUUGUUGCCACCUGUGUUUCUAUCAUCGGUCUUUUUGCUAGUGGGGAAUGGAAGACUUUGCAUGGAGAAAUGUUGAGUUUUGAUAAGGGGAGGGUGUCUUACAUUAUGACUCUAGUUUGGACAGCAGUAUGUUGGCAGGUUUGUUCUGUUGGCGUUGUAGGCUUGAUUUUAUUGGUGUCUUCUCUCUUUUCCAAUGUAAUAAGUACUGUUGCCUUGGCUGUUUCUCCUAUCGCUGCUGUCAUAGUUUUCCAUGACAAGAUGAAUGGUGUGAAGGUGAUCUCUUUGCUUAUGGCUUUUUGGGGUUUUGGCUGUUAUAUUUACCAGAAUUAUCUUGAUAAUUCUAAGGUGAGGAGAAAACGACAUGAUGUUAUUGAAGAGGGGAUAAUUUGAUUGGCUAGUUUUCUAGCUGGAUCUCCUAUAAUAAACUUAGAUGAUACCUUCAUUGUCCAAAAACUAAGAAGGGAAGGGAGAGUUAAAAUUUUAGCUUAUUGCCUUUUGUGAUAGCUUGCAGAAAGUGUUGCUUUUCAGUUUUCACGUAUCCUGAUCCUGAUAAGGGAAAAAGAAGCAUGUUAUUGCUGGAAGUCUGCUAUUACAAGAGGAGUUGACUCUAAUUUCUCCUGAAGUUGAUGUUUGCUUGGAUGAUAAUGUAACUAUUAGUUAGCUUCUCUGUAAACCCACCUUAUGUGGAAACUGAUUUAUUUUAUAUCCCUUUCGCUGUUAAACCACGUCAUCUUUUCACACAUGUGCAUGCUGGAAAAGGCAUUACUAAUAUAUAACAAACUUUUCUUUCUUUGGCUUUUGUA